GUUUAAGUUUUAAAUUCACAUUCGCAGAUAAGUACUGUGCAUGUUAAACAAAUGCUUUUAUAAAUAUGAAGUGCCACCAAAAUAGGGAUCACUCAGACAUGUUCUUACCUCAUAUUUUUAAGCUACAUUUAAAAUUUGUUCGGUCAUUUUUGGCUUUUUUCUGAGGCUUGUAUAGCUGAUGGCAACACUGUUUGCACGCAUUAAAAAACGUAAUUUGCAGAAAAGCGGGCAGGAAUCAUUUGCAACCAGGACGACGGAGUAUCCUUCCGGAGUGUGAUGCAUUAAUGCUAAAGUCGAUUAGCGGAGGCGUUGGCGUGGCAUCCACGGAAAGAGGCGGCGGAGGAGGAGCUGACCGGGUUCGAGGCAGGGACAGAGGAUUAGCCAAUAACAGUGCCGGUAUUCUUUAUUGCCCCGCCUGUGUGGCAGCUGCUAAUCAGCAUAGUCCUAGUCAGAGUUCGAGUCCCCAGCACGAGGGUUUCUUCUCGCGCAGCUCCUCCAAGUCAAGCAAAAGAAACAAGGCUCGAAAGAGCGCCUCCACUGCCGGUUGCUUAGACGCCCAGCACAUACGGACCAAUCUCCGGAUGUCCAUGUCCAGUUCCAUGAGGAGUACCAGGGGCCACGGAGCAGGCUCCUCGAAUUCGCAUCCUCCAGGCAGCAGCUGUAGCAACGGAUCCGGAGGAUUCGGAUGCGGACUGUCCUACGACGUAGACAGCAAUGCUAGCAGUGGAAGUGGCAGUGGGAGUGGAAAGGUCGCCUCCCCAGGAAGUUAUAGUUGCAAUGCACUCAAUGUGGACUUUACAUCCUACACAGCCACUCAUCAAUGGACCCGUAUGCUCGAGUGCGCCGAGUUUGUGGGAGCCAAACGGAGCAAGCACACAGUAGUGGCAUACAAGGAUGCGAUGUUCGUAUUCGGCGGCGACAACGGCAAGAAUAUGCUGAACGAUCUGAUUCGCUUCGGUGUAAAGGACAAGUCCUGGGGUCGCGCAUGUGCCACAGGAACUCCACCUGCUCCGAGAUACCAUCACUCGGCGGUGGUGGCUUGCAGCUCAAUGUUUAUCUUUGGAGGCUACACCGGCGACAUUCAUUCCAACUCGAACUUGACCAACAAGAACGAUCUGUUCGAGUACAAGUUCCAGAGUGCCAUGUGGGUGGAGUGGAAGUUCUCCGGACGCCAGCCGGUUCCUCGAUCUGCGCACGGAGCAGCGGUGUAUGACAACAAGAUGUGGAUUUAUGCAGGCUACGAUGGAAAUGCGCGGCUUAACGACAUGUGGACCCUGAAUCUCACCGGAGAAAAUCACCAGUGGGAGGAAGUUGAGCAGCUAGGGGAUCGCCCGCCUACCUGCUGCAAUUUUCCCGUGGCUGUCGCAAGAGACGCAAUGUACGUUUUUUCGGGACAAAGUGGCUUGCAGAUUACCAACUCGCUAUUUGAAUUCCACUUUAAGACGCGAACUUGGCGUCGCAUUUCGAAUGAGCCUGUCCUUCGAGGCGCUACCUCAGCUCCCCCUUCGCGAAGAUAUGGGCAUACGAUGGUGCAUCAUGAUCGCUUCUUGUAUGUAUUCGGGGGAUCGGCGGACUCGACGCUGCCCAACGAUCUGCACUGCUACGACUUGGACUCGCAGGUGUGGUCCGUCAUCCUGCCGGAACCAAACUCGGAUGUGCCGUCGGGAAGGGUGUUUCAUGCCUCUGCCGUCAUCUGCGAUGCCAUGUAUAUUUUUGGUGGAACUGUAGAUAAUAGUGUAAGGAGAGGAGACACCUAUCGUUUUCAGUUCUCCUCGUAUCCGAAGUGCACUCUGCGCGAUGACUUCGGUAAGUUUUUUCUAGACAAACAGUUCUGCGACAUCCAAUUUAUCGUUGGAGCGGAGGAGAUUCGCAUACUGGCGCACAUAGCCUUUGUGGCAGCGCGUUCGAAGUACUUGAGAAACAAAAUAUUAGCUGCCCGGGAAGCACGCCAGCAGCAGAUGGAGAAGGUGUAUGGGGUGGGUCAGGUGGAUGCACUGGCUCUAAACACAGGCGUGGGCGGGGACCGCGGACCCAUGUUAGAGGUACGACUGGCCCACGCAUCCCCCGAGGCCUUUGACAUCAUACUGAACUACAUUUACACAGAUCGAAUAGAUUUGAAAGAUACGUACAGCAAGAACAUCAUCAUUCUGAUCACAGACAUCUACCAACUGGCCGGACUAUUUACGAUGCCGCGGCUGGCCCACGGCUGUAUUCAGUAUUUGGACUACAAAAUUAACAAGAUUAACGUUUUGGAGGCACUCUAUAAUGCGGACAAAAGCAACAUAAAGAUCAUUAAAGACCACUGCAUGCAGUUUAUCAUCAAAGAUGAGAACUACCCCGAGGUGGUCAUGUCCAGCGAGUUCAGCGAUUUGGACAAGCCUCUGCUGGUUGAGAUCAUCCGCAAACGUCUGCAUCCCAGCAAGGUGGUAAUGGACACUAGUUAUGAAGCCAAUAUAGGAACCACCUUGGAGAUUGACUUGUGCGCAUUUUUGGAGUCAACUGGCAACGAUUUUUGCGAUAUAAGCCUCGUCCUAGAAGAUCAUGUGAUACCAGCCCACAAGUCGGUGUUAUCAUCACGUUGUACUUACUUUCAAGGCAUGUUCCGAUCUUUUAUGCCACCGGAUAACACGGUGAACAUCCAAAUUGGAGAAAUUUCACCAUCGCUUGAGGCGUUCCGCUCUUUGCUGCGCUACAUUUACUACGGCGAAACGAAAAUGCCGCCUCAGGAUGCACUUUAUCUCUUCCAGGCACCCUGUUUUUACGGAUUGGCCAACAAUCGGCUCCAUGCGUUUUGCAAGUACUCCUUGGAGCACAACAUCACGUUCGAAAAUGUACUACAGACGCUGGAGGCUUCGGACAUCACAAAGAUCUAUGACAUUAAGGAGUAUGCUCUCAAGCUGAUUGUCAAAGAUUUUGCCAAGGUCGCAAGGCUGCCGAAGAUUUCCGGUUUGUCGCGCGAACUGUUGCUGGAGAUCAUACGCGCUGUGGCCGAUUCGCACGGCGAGUUUCUUACGCGGAUCAAUAUCAAUACAGAUAUCUGAAAACUGGUGUUGCUCCAGCCGGCAUUGCAGUUUUUGCACGCCUGGUUGCAAAUCGGACGUAGCACGUAAUGCGGCAGUAGCGGUUGGCAGCGCCGAACGAAAUAAUCCAUUUUUUACUAACCGAUCCAUCCCCAUCAAUCCUCCUCUGCAUUUGGUCAGUAAUCCUUACCGAUUCCGAACCUACAAAACGGUCUCUUAGAGAGUCUGCAUCAGUAUGAGUGAGAGAGAGAUACCCAUUUAUGCAUAAACGAAAUGUAUUCGUGUUCUUUGGUUGGUAAGAUACGGGCUGCUGCAGAAUCGCUCUGUAUAUGUAUACCCCUGUGUGCCCACCAGUAUUAAUCGAAAAUCCACAUCGAUUCGAACAAAAACACUAAUACAAACAAAAACCCAACCAAUUGGCCUUACUUGUAUAGAAGGUGAAACAAAUUUUCUCUGUUCCAAAACCCUCAGAUAAGGUUUUGUUUUAUAACGUAUCUCGAGUUUUGUUAAGACAUUCUAACUGAAAAGAAAUAAGAUUGUCAAAGAUUGGUAAAAGCUAAAUUAAGACUCAUUUUCAAUGUAUAACAUUUAGUUCGAGCCAGAGAAAGACAAAGUUUUGUCUUUUGCUUAACCGCUCUGAGAUGUUAGACUACUCCGCGUAUCAAAGCUGUCCGAAGGAAUUUUACAAAAAGAAGGAUUAUUGAGCCUCUGCUUUAACCAGAUGAUUUUAGUUACAAUUAAUUUUUGAGCAAAAACAAACAAAUCAGUCAAACAUGUUAUAAUUUAUAAAUUGGAAUACCCUUGCAAAGUUGAGUAAAGUUAAUAUACAAAAAAAUAGGUAACCUUUUGUAUAAGGUUUAUUCAAGUCUCCAAAGCCGAGUUAAGUUAAUAUAAAACAAAAUAGGUAACCUUUUCUAUACGGUUUAUUGGAGUAUACACGCAGUAAUAUUUGAUCGCUAAAAUUGUAUUAUAUAUACCUUUCUUAAAAUAACAGUUACUUGGCACUUUUAUUUUACUUGUCAGAUUAUCAUUUUUGUUUAAAACUUUUGAAAUAAAAGUCUUCACUGAUUUUUGCGAAUCUUUUAGAAUUUAAAUCAAUCAGCAAAUUUAUAAAUUCGCAAUAUUUGUAAUAUUAUUGUGCUUUCGAUCUACGUUUGGUUUUUAUGCAGGCUCAUCAUUUUCUUAGGAAUCCGAAAUUUGUAUACCCGUUAUUCGUAGAGUAAAAGGUCGAAAGAUCCGCUGGAAAGUAUGUAACAGGCAGAAGGAAGCGUUUUCGAGCCCAUAAAGUAAAUGUAUUCUUGAUCAGGAUCACAAGCCGAGCUGAUCUAGCCAUGUCCGUCUGUCCGUCCGUAUGAGCCCUGAGAUCUCGAAACUAUAAGAGCUAGAAUAUUCAGACUUAGUAUGCAGAUUCCUGGACUUCGCGAGAGACUGUAGCGCCUGCAUCUAUAAUGCUAGAAAUAAUUUAAGCGUUUUAGCCGUUUAGAUGCGUAAAAGUGGGCGUGGCAAACAUUUUUAGAUCAAUCGAAAGGUUUUGAUGAGACACAUACAUUUAGCAAAUAAAAUUUUCUAGCAUGACAACUGUGACCACCACAAUUUUGGGCGGUUUAUAGGCGUUAAAGUGGGCGUGGCACAUUUUUUUCAAUCGUUAGGUAUUGAUAGGACAAUUACAUUUGAGUUAAAAUUGAUUCUACCAUAAAAACUGAUUUUCUCGGAUUGUGGGUGUUAGAGUGGGCGAGUCACCCCGCUGAAACAAACUGCAUUGGAAGUCCAGGAAUCUGCAUACCAAGUCUGAAUAUUCUAGCUCUUAUAGUUUCCGAGGUCUCAGCGUUCAUACGGACGUAUGGACAUGGCUAGAUCGACUCGGCUAGUGAUCCUGAUCAAGAAUAUAUAUACUUUAUGGGUUCGGAAACGCCUCCUUUUACUUGUUACCUUGCAGAUAUAAUAUAAUUUUGAUCAGAAACUUGUAACACUGCGAAUGCAAACGACGUUUCCGACCAUAUAUACUUAAUCAGCAUCAUAAGAUGAACCGCUAUAGCCAUGUCUGCCCUUUUUAAAAGCCAUCGUAAUGAAACAUUCGCAAUCGUCAUCGCAUAUAUAUGUGCACGCAGAAGUAAGCUUCCGUCCUUGUUUUUAACUACUUUUAACAUUCGUAAGCUUCGACUACCAUACUUUGCAAGGUCCUUAUGGUCUUGGCAGCCCGAGAGCCUUCCCUUAUUAUACUCCCUUCAAAGUAAAACUCAGUAGUUUAUAGGGAUUUAAAACCAAUCAAUUGUAUCAAUAUUAAUUUUCGUAUAUGAAAGAAACUACAUGUACUAUGCUAAGCUACCUUUAAUCACCUUUUUAUCGUACAAAAUGAUAUAGUUUUGCCCUUAAUGAUUGUUUUAGAUAUUCUUUCGAGGUCGUAUAGAUGCAUAUAUAAAUAUCCCAAUUUUCGAAAUUGUGAUUAAUCCGUGUUUAUUAUUGUAUUGCCACUACUCUUAAGAAAUAUUUUAGUAACUUGAUUUUAAUUUUGAAUGUUUUUUGCAUAAUUUCAUUUUAGUUGCUGUAUAGCGAGAAUUAAUAAUAAACAAUAUUAUGGUAUAAUUAUGCAAA